AUGGAAAAUAGACAAACUCUUAGGAUCAACAUAAAGACUAUUUCUGGCCAAGUCAAAGAUUUGGAAGUCACUAACGAUGUAUUUUCUAACUCCCCUCCCCCCCCCCCCCUCCGUGAGCGAACAAAACCAUUAGAAAAAUCGCCAUUUUUUGACCAAAAACCCACCCUCCGUGAGUGAACAAAAAUUUUUUUUUAAUAGAAAAAAAUUUUAAUGGAAAAAAAUUUUGAUAUAUAAGUGAUAAUUAGUAUAAUGAAAUCUAGAGCUAAUUCUGUUUAAUUUUAAACAAAUUGCGUUUUAAAACAUAAAUUUUGCAAAUUAAAUUAAUAUUUGCUUCCCAAUUUUUGCAAAUUAGGAUUUUUUUAAAUUUCGAAAAAAAUAUUUUUUUAUAAAAUUUAUAUAUAAAUUUUUUUUAAAAAAAAAAAUUAACCCCCCUCCGUGAGCGAACAAAAAUUUUUUGUUCGCUCACGGAGGGGGGGGGGGGGAGUAAGUAGAUCUUAGUCUCAGACUUAAAAGUAGAAAUAUCCAAGCAUUUUGAAGCUCCCGUCCCCAGACAAAGAUUGAUAUAUCAAGCCAGACUUUUAAAAGAUACCCAAAGUCUUAGUCACUAUGUAAAAGAAAGUGGCAUUACAAUUCAUAUGCUCCUUCAAUCUCUUGAAGGCUCAAGCUCACAAGAUACUUCUUCCCAGGCUCCUCAACCUAAUCCCAAUCAGUCUAAUGAAAAUCAAUUUAGGUCUUCUAAUCCUUUUGAAUCACUUGGAGAUGCUUCAAAUUUUAUUCCAAACUUCCACUAUUCUAAUCCCAUGGUACUUGGCUUCUUAAACUUAAACAUUCCAAACUUAGUAAAUAGGGCAAGAGAAAAUGGCAUUAACCCGCCUGAAGAAAACACUGCCUUGCUUACAGAAAUUCUUCAGUAUUACAAUUUAUUGCUUUUCCAUAUUUCAGCUUUAAGUAGGAUUGUCCCAGUAUUACAGAAUUUGAUCACUUAUCAAUACUCCAUCACCUUUCUAGGCGCAGCGCAGUUAAGCACUAUAAAUCCUCCAGCAAUAUUUACGAAUCUGGCACAUUCAGCACUAAUGAUGAUAGAGGGACUCAGAGCUAUAUUAUGCAGAAUUGAAAACAGAGAAGCUGGCUCUUUUCUAGACUCAUUCAAUGGAUUUCAAAUAUUUGCAAAUUCAUUAUCAAUUCUUUUGUCUACAAUCGAGAAUUUUUCUAUAGCCCCUGAAAUAUUUUAGAUCAUUAUUGGCCAUCCAUUUUAAUUUCCAAAGUUAAUUUGUACUUGUCAGUUUUUUUAAAAAGCAAAAAACGAAAAUGGCAAGUCUCUGUUUAUUGUUUUAAGGUACCUAAUCAGGCUUAUACUGUAUAAAGCAGAUGCCCUGCACCGUGUUUUUUCUGGUCGGUAUUCUGUUGGAAUAUAGAGAUCUAUUAAGGUGUAUGAGCUAUAAUCCAGAUAACAUGCAUGAAAUACUUGGCCCGAACUAUGAUAUUAAAUUAGAUUCUAUCAUAUCGAUUUUUGAAGGAUUUACUGGAGAAAGCAGACCCGAGUGACUACGGACUCUUUCAAAUCUAAGUAUUGGUGAAGCUUUUGAGAGCUUUUUUAGUAAUUGGAGUGCUUUUAAUUGCAUAUUUCCAGUGCUGAAGUCUUGGCUAUCUAGUAUGGUUUCAACAGGCGAGAUAAAUCUUAAUCUCCUAUCCUUGAUUGUGCAAUUCCAUUUUAAAUUACCUAAAAAUUGAGAAAAUUAACGCUUGGCUUGAGUGAUUUUCAUAUGGUCAAGCAUUAAACUACUCUCUUCUUAGUCUCAAAUCUUUGAUGCUAAUGAAUAUUGGAAAUAUAUUACAAAAUAAUCGCUUCUGCACAAUGAUUGUACAACUUUUAGUAUAUUCCCUAAUAUAAACAUACUUUAUCUCUAAUCUCUAGUAUGUAUAAUAUUUUAUGUGGAAAAAGGUUAAUAAAAAUUUAUGUAUAAUUUUUUCCAUAUAUUCUUUUGAUCAAGCGAUGCAGUCGUUCGAUCAAGAAUCGGUGUGUGAAUUAAUGAAGAAUUUUUUGAAGAAAAUGAUCAUUUUCCUCCUAUCCCUGAAAGAUUUAAUCCUAAAAUGAAAUCAGGGAUUAAUUUGGACCAAGAAUUAAAGAAUUCUACUAACUUUUGGGUUAAAAAGACAUCGAAUCACAUUCUUAAUUACCAAGGAACAAAUGGAAUGGCUGAAUUGAAAAGAAAUAUAUGCUGUUACUGUGGUAACUUACUCCCAUCCUUCGCUAGAAAGUAAAUUUUUUUUCAUUGUGGGUGAAGUCAACAUUUAUAAAAAAAAUUUAAUAUUAUUUAUAUAGUCUUUCUUUCUUUAUUUUUUAAUUAAAUAGGCUUUUUUUAAUAGAUUUUGCUGACUAACAAAGGAGAGCUAGUGGAUAUAGCAGUUGAAGCUCUGCAUGGAAAUGUAUCAGAUGGUAAAGACUUGAUGGUAAGCACACUAUUGGAAAUCAUCGUGGAUAUAUUUCCAGGAACUCUCACAAGCCAAGUAAGAAAUUCAUUGACAAACACACUGAAUAUUUCAUUUACAAACUUUCAUGAUUGCUAUUUGAAAUAUAAAAAUGAAAAUAGGGGAAGAAUAAAAGUGCCAGAUGGGCAAUAUAUAUCUAAAAGUUGGUUUGGCAACGAGCUAUGACAAAAUUAGCUAGAAUAAGAAAAUUAUCUCAGCGCACUCAAGAGAUAUUUCAAAAAGUUUGCAAGCCUUCCAGCCUUAUGGCAACAGAUUCAUCCAUAAUCGAUUUAGAGGAAAAAUAGUCUUAUUCAGUAUUUAUUGAUGAAGUCUACAAAGUGAGAAUUUAAAGCAUUUUUACGAUGGGAAGCUGACAGCUUAGGAACGAUAAUUCCUCGGGAAUACUGGAAAAACUCAAUUUUUGCUCUAUUCAAAAAUAACUAUUAGCAUUUUCAUGCUUUUUUUCCUUUAAAAGCAUAUGUUGGCUUUUUAUGCGAUUUUUUAUUUUAUUUUAUUUUUAUGAUUUUUAUAUAACGGCAGUCUGUUUUUGCAUCUGCUUGCAUUUUUAUGCAAAUAUAUAUUUAAAUUGACAAAUGUAAUCUAUACUUCAUUGCUUCGAGGUUUAAAUGCUCUCUUUUUAUCAUUUAUAUAGCACAUUGAAAUUUUCUUGGUUUUUUCCUGCAAUAUGGAAAAGUGAUCAAGAUAUAGUUUCUGCAUCUACUCUUGACAUCAAUUGAAAGAGGAGAUCAUCUAAUCUUUUUAACAUACUUCUAUUUUACUUUUGCUCUAUUAUACUAUUCAGCUUUAAUAUCAUAAUUUUUAUCACCAUUGGUAUUUUAUGCUGGGUUAUAUGUGAGGUUUUACUCUUUGAUAUUUUCACGCACUAUUUUUUUCUGAAAACAAAAUCCAUUUCACUUUUUCAAAUUCUGAAAAUUUACAGUCAUUUUUAUAGGGCACAGAAAUGUCAUAAAAAUACCACCAUAAGGUACUUUCAUGUCUACCCGAAAAUAGUAGUAAUAUCAAUAGUAUGAUAUCAGUUCCAGAAAACUUUUCUAUAGGUAGUGAAAUUUCUGAUGAAGAGUAA